AUGUCUACCAUGAGUACUCAAAAUACAAAUAGUUCCACACCAGGGGAGACAGAUUCGACAUCAAGCUUACCACCUCCGGAGAUAACAGAACCUAAGUAUAAGAAGCCCGAAAAAUCAAGUAAAAGGAGGAAAAAGAAAUUGGAAAUUGCAUGUGUUUAUUGUCGCCGAUCACAUAUGAUAUGUGAUGAAUCAAGACCCUGUCAACGAUGCAUAAAAAGAGGGAUUGCACAUCUUUGUUAUGAUGAACCAUCUAACCCCCGACAACGUAAAAAGGCUGCAGCUUUAAGAAAGACCCAGAGUGAAGGAGCACCAAUGGUAACAUCACCAAUAACGCUUCCUUUGACUGGAUCAACGGGGAACCAACUGCCCUUACCCUUGCCACCGUUACAAGCAUCUCAACUGGAAAUAAGGUCUACACCUAAAACGGAGAAUUCUUUACCGUUUCCACAACCAACUCCACAUCAAUCUCAAUCUGUGCACACAAACGCCCCGCCUAUCAAUUCUUCCCAGCAGCAGCAACAGCAACAGCAACAGCCACAAUCAAGGUUAAUAAAAAAUUCAGUACUAUCUCAGACAUUGCCUUACAAUCAGCAACCAUUCUUUUACUCAGAACAUGCAAAUAGUGAGUUCAGUUCUUUAAAUGACUUUUUGUCCAUGAUUGACGACCCGGAGUUAGUCAACGGAGCUUUAAAUGAUGAUACAGAUGGACUUUUAAAUUUUGGAGUUGCAAAUAACAAUAACAACAACAACAACAACAACAACAACAACAACACUCACAAUAAUAAUCAUAAUGGGUUUAGUAUUAGUGGUGGAAACAGCACGACUAACCUAAAUGCAGUUUUGGCAUAUUCGCCUAAUUCAAAUUUAUUUCCAUCAACUUUUGGUAAUGAAGUGGAUUCAACUCAAAUCCAAUCACAACAGCAACCUGAAUUAACACAGCAACUGCAUGCAUUGAACACAGUCAAGGUUGAGCCUCAAAUGGACAAGACUGAACAACAACCUGUGAUCUCUGAUUCUGCAAGAGAUAAGUUCUUUCUUACAGCAGCCGAUCCUACUACGGAGAUUUCACCUGAAGAAAGAUUGAAACAAGUCAUUAAAGCAAAAUUAGAGGCAGGAUUACUACAGCCAUACAAUUAUGCCAAAGGCUACGCCAGACUUCAGAGAUAUAUGGACAACUAUAUGAAUAUAUCAAGUAGACAGAGAAUACUAAAACCACUAUCGAUAUUUCGACCGGCUUUCAGGGCGAUUGCCCGUACAUUGAAGGAUGUGGAUUUGGUCUUGGUUGAAGAAAGUUUUGAAAGAAUGUUGUUGGACUAUGAUCGUGUUUUUACGGCAAUGGCAAUACCUGCUUGUUUAUGGAGACGUACUGGAGAAAUAUACAGGGGAAAUAAAGAAUUUGCUUCAUUGGUAGGCGUAACUACAGACGAUCUUAAGGACGGAAAGUUGGCAAUCUACGAAUUAAUGAGUGAGGAAAGCGCUGUGAAUUUCUGGGAAAAGUAUGGUGCAAUCGCUUUUGAUAAAGGUCAGAAAGCUGUUUUAACUAGUUGCAAUUUGAGAACUAGAGAUGGUAUUAAACGAAAAAGCUGCUGUUUCAGCUUUACUAUAAGGAGAGAUAGAUACAACAUCCCCAGUUGUAUAGUAGGUAAUUUUAUCCCCAUUGAUCCUUAG